AUGCGAUAUUUUAUGGUUGGCUGUACAUCAAAAAAGUGGGUUGUAGGUAUUUUCCCUGAAACAAAUGAGUACAGCGCAGUUCCCACAAAUUGGCUGAUAAAAACCGUUAUUAAUGAUCGGAUUAAGAUUAGUUGUAAAUGGCCUCCAUCACCGAUUAUUGUGACAAGUGAAACAAUAAAAAUUGCCGUUGAACCGUCUCCAGAGUGGCCUAUAUAUUCUAUUCGGUUAGCUGAUAAUGGCAAAGAAUAUUCAAAUUUCAACAAAGCAUGGCAUCAGAAAUUUUUAAUAAAUUCUGGAACUUCCUCGUCUGAAGCUGAAAUUAGGAAAAAGAAAAGUUAUAAAAGAUCAAAGAUCAUAUCACAACAUCUUUCUUCUGAUUCAGAUUCUUGUGAAGAAAGUUAUCAAAUAUGUAAUACAGCAGAUAACUCUGGAUUAAAAACGACUACAGGUAAUAUAAGUAUAAACGAUACAUCAAAGGUCCACAUUGAUAGUUUUAUCAUGCCCUCUACGUCGAAAAAAUUAUCAGUUGACCAAAAUUUAGUUAACCCAUUUAUGUUUUCAUCUGAUGAAAACCCUGAAAAUGAACAGUUUGAAAAAGAUGGCCACAGAAUGAUUUCUAUGAAGGAAAAUGCAAAUAAUUUGAUUAAUGCCACUACAAAAUGUUCAGAUGCGACUCGUGUUGAUAAUUUGGUAUCAUCACCAUACUAUAACAUACCAUCUACUUCUAUGAUAAUGUAUGAUAUGUGUAAUUCUGAAUCAGAUAAUAAUGUACAGAAAAAUGUUACAUUUCUACCAACAUUAAAUGAUGCAAACACACAAAGAACAGUAAUGGAAAUAUUAUUAAACAUUGAAAAUCAAAAUAAUUUGAUUAUAAAAGAACAAUCCAUCAUGAAACUAGUACAUGAUCGCUUACUAAACAAAAUUAAUGGCUUAGAAUUGAAUAUUCAAGGAAAUAGUAAGAACAGUAAUGGAUCAUCAGUGCAUUUAGAUUCUGAUUUCUUAUCGAAAUUUCCUCUAGUUGACCAUACGAUGUAUCUAGAAGUAGAACAUCUAACUAUAAAUGAUACUUCAUUUAAAAUUAAAUUGGAGUAUUUUAUAAGAAAUGUCGGUGGUUCUAAUUCUAAAAAUCAUGUGCAGCGAAUGAUGGGAAAAUUUUUUAGUGAUGAAUAUGCUACAAAAUGUACAAGAACUGGUCGUGGGAAAGACAAAACAACAACUGUUGGACAAUCAAAACUUCUUAAUGUUUUAAAAAAAGUUGUGAAGGAGUGUAGCAGUGGUAGUUCUGUAGAAUUUACCGAUUCAAAUUAUGAAAAUAUUGUAGCUGAGUGGUUAAGAUACGCAAGUAUCAGAUUAGCUAGGUCAAAGAAAGCAGACUAA